AAGAAAAGAAAAAAAAAAUUCCGUGAAAAGAGGGAAAAAAUUUGGCUAAAAAAAAGUUGCUACUCCUGGCAGCCCUGGUUUGUCAAAAGGGGAUGUCAAGCGCUUUACAAUACCUGGGAUUGAUGAGGCGGGCGGGCCAAUGAGCUGCGCGCGGCGCCUCGGCGCGCCCUCCGUUGGCGCGGCAGCUGCGGGCGGGGGGAGUGCAAACGCACCAAUGGGCGCCAGCGUCGGCAGCACGUGACACCUCCCCCUGCUCCCAUUCAUCAAGGGGGGGACGGUGUCGUCCUUUCAAUUCAUUUAUCUGCAGGAAUGAUUGCUGCUAUCAGUCUCGCGCUCACCGCCCGGCUGAGGAGGUGAAAGUUUCUCCCCAGGAAGAUAAACCGCAAAAGACAAUAUUGUGCAUGAUUUGCGCCUUUUCUUUGGCUUUUUCUUUCUUUCUUCUCCCCCCACCCACUUUUUUUUUUUUUUUUUUUUUUUGCAAAAAGCAGAGAGGGAAAAAAGGAGAGUGAAGGAGCGAGGAGGCGAGCGUGAGAGAAAGGAGAGAGAGAGAAAAGAAAGAGCGAGGGGCUAGUGGAGAAGUGAGGAGGGGCGCGCGGCGCAAGGCGGAGAGAGAGCGAAGCUGUCGCGGCUCUGGCGCUCACAUUCCUCUAUGCUACAAAUCCAGGAGGAAGUUUUUUUGGGGGGCUGAGAUGCUCCAUGCCUUUCCCCGGGCAGCCUUGACGCGCGGCCCUCCCGGCAGAGACUAAGCGGCGAGAAAGUGCGAGCCGGGCCGGCAGGGUCUGCCUGGCGGGCGCUGGAGCCUGUCUUACUCGCGGCCCGCAGCCGUCCGGCUACUUUGCGUUUGGCCGGGCCAACGCCCGGGAGCGCCGCGCCGUUGCCUGCAGGCUAGGACUUCGCGAGGUGGGUCGACUCCCCCUCCCUCCUCCUCUUCUUCCUCUUCUUCCUCCUCCUCCUCUUGUUCCUCCUCCUCCUCCUCCCGAUUUUCCCUCCUCGGCUGGCGAGGGUGGGGGGGGCGGGGGAGGCCGGGGCUCGCCCCGAGCAGCCACGAUGCUCCUGGACGCCGGCCCCCAGUACCCAGCGAUCGGCGUGACCACCUUUGGCGCGUCCCGCCACCACUCCGCGGGCGACGUGGCCGAACGAGACGUGGGCCUGGGCAUCAACCCGUUCGCCGACGGCAUGGGCGCCUUCAAGCUCAACCCUAGUUCGCACGAGCUGGCUUCGGCCGGCCAGACAGCCUUCACGUCGCAGGCGCCAGGCUACGCGGCUGCUGCGGCCCUGGGCCAUCACCAUCACCCGGGCCACGUCGGCUCCUAUUCCAGCGCAGCCUUCAACUCCACGCGGGACUUUCUGUUCCGCAACCGGGGUUUUGGCGACGCGGCGGCGGCAGCCAGCGCACAGCACAGCCUCUUUGCUGCAUCGGCCGGGGGCUUCGGGGGCCCACACGGCCACACGGACGCCGCGGGCCACCUCCUCUUCCCCGGGCUUCACGAGCAGGCUGCCGGCCACGCGUCGCCUAACGUGGUCAACGGGCAGAUGAGGCUCGGCUUCUCGGGGGACAUGUACCCGCGACCGGAGCAGUACGGCCAGGUGACCAGCCCGCGUUCCGAGCACUAUGCUGCGCCGCAGCUGCACGGCUACGGGCCCAUGAACGUGAACAUGGCCGCGCAUCACGGCGCCGGCGCCUUCUUCCGCUACAUGCGCCAACCCAUCAAGCAAGAGCUCAUCUGCAAGUGGAUCGAGCCCGAGCAGCUGGCCAACCCCAAAAAGUCGUGCAACAAAACUUUUAGCACCAUGCACGAGCUAGUCACGCACGUCACCGUGGAGCACGUAGGUGGCCCGGAGCAGAGUAAUCACAUCUGCUUCUGGGAGGAGUGUCCGCGCGAGGGCAAGCCCUUCAAAGCCAAAUACAAACUGGUUAACCACAUCCGCGUGCACACGGGGGAGAAGCCCUUUCCCUGCCCCUUCCCUGGCUGUGGCAAGGUCUUCGCGCGCUCCGAGAACUUAAAGAUCCACAAAAGGACGCACACAGGGGAGAAGCCCUUCAAGUGCGAGUUUGAGGGCUGUGACCGGCGCUUCGCUAACAGCAGCGACCGCAAGAAGCACAUGCACGUGCACACGAGCGACAAGCCCUAUCUUUGCAAGAUGUGCGACAAGUCCUACACGCAUCCCAGUUCGCUGCGCAAACACAUGAAGGUCCACGAAUCCUCCUCGCAGGGCUCGCAGCCUUCGCCGGCCGCCAGCUCCGGCUACGAAUCCUCCACGCCUCCCACCAUCGUGUCUCCCUCCACAGACAACCCGACCACCAGCUCCUUAUCUCCCUCCUCCUCCGCAGUCCACCACACAGCCGGCCACAGCGCGCUCUCUUCCAAUUUUAACGAAUGGUACGUUUAAAAUAAGAAACAAAACACCGAACAAAACCCUAUUUAAGAGACUGAUCACACACGUAUACACAACAUUACUGAAAGAACCCUGCGAAUCAAAACAACCCCCCACACAGACCCCGCAAUCCUUUUUAAAAAAUCUGCCAAUAGACCCAGGACGAGUAACAGAGGAAGUAUCAACCUUUAAAAAUUUCCUUUCGCUUUCAUUAUUUUUCCUUUUUUGGCGAAGGCUUGGUACCCAAGGUGCGGUAGGGGGUCUAGGGGGAGGAGGCCACCUGACCAAAUGCCGCCAACCCCGAGGGCCAGUUUCUUGUCGGAUCCGUACGGGCUCUCUGGGGCUUCGGCUUUUUUUUCUUUGUUUUCUUGUAAAUACAGAAUUAUUAGCUUAAAACUGUACUGUUGAAUUCUGUAAAUAGUUAUAUCGCGGUUGGAGUGGGUGGGUGGGAUUGUGGCGUUGUGGUCUUUGCAUUGGGGGAGGGGGGAGGGGCCGGGCGGGUGGGGGGAGGGGGAGGGGUGGGCGGCCGAAAGCCAACUGUUUGUACUGAAUGGCAAGAAUGUUCUAGUAAAUGUGUACCAAAAUGUGAAUUACUUUGUACAAUUACAGUCUCCACGUCGACCUAACCGAAUAUUGUUGGUAUUAAUGUGCUUUUUUUGUAUAAAGUGCAAACAUUUCGUCCAAAAGUCUAAGUACUUUAGUGCAGUAAAAUGUUGUUUCACGUCCUGUCAAGAAUUCGUAUAGUACGAGCCUGGAUCUGCGUGUCAAACUGUUCCAUUUGUUUAUGUAAAGUGAUAUUAAAAAAGAUAUAAACUAUAACUGUCCGUUACUUUUGGCAAAAGAUACAACCACAUAAUGUAUAUAAUUCCUAGUUUCCAUAUUUAUCCGCAUGUAAAGGGCCGGUUUAUCCAUGUUACAGCUCUUCAAUAUUUAUGGUUAGAAGAACUCGUAUGUACACUUUAGUUUCCAGAACUGUUUGGUAACCUUUCGUACCUUAUUAAAGAUUCUUAAAUCUCA